AUGAAAAACAGUGAAGCAAGACCUGUCGGAACAGCCCCAUUACCAGAGCCCAAUGAAGUUGAAAAGAAAAAUCCCAACGAGUGCAAUUACAUCCAGAACGAUAAGAGAUCACACGGCAAAGGCCGUGGUGGAUACAGGAACCGUGACAAUUACUCGAACGGCCGAGAUAGGUACUUGGCCGGCCGGAAAGGAAACCACAAUAACCGUGGUCGUGGUUCCAAUCCCGGCCGUGGCCGAGGCGGAUAUGGACGAGGUCGAGGCGGUAUAUCCAAACCGUCUUACUCGACCAAAUCCGUUUGUCACAGAUGUGGGAUGAGCAACCAUUGGGCAGAAUUGUAG